AAAAAGAAAAGCGAGCGAGAGACGUAGAGAGAAAGAGAGAAAGGGAGAGGUAGAAAGAGAGAUUUGCGACAAAGAUGUGGUGUCGGGAAGUGUUCGCCGCCGCAAUGCGUGCUGGUACGGCUGGAUUUUAACCUAGAACGCAGACCCGGUACGUGAUUUCCCAACGAGCGACUGUCGAAGUGGUAAUGUACAACAAGGCAUGUAUGUUUCACGGUUGUUCAGUUCACGUGGUCUAUUCAAAGCCUCGUCGCGCGGCGCUCGUCAUGCGUCGAUUUCCCAACAGGUACAUUUCGUCUGUGGGCGGACGGGGUUGGUCGCUUUAGUAAUAGACAUCGAAAUCCCCGUUAUCCAAUGAGUAAUGCGGGCUUUCUGCAUCUAUCCGUUAUUCAUGGCGCACUUUAAACAAACCAGUACACUAAUAACUGACAAUUGUCGCUGAUGUGUGUGUGUAGCUGUGUGGGAAAAUAUUUGUGUCAAUAAAUACACAGCCGUAAACAUAAUAGAGCCUGAGGAAAUAUACACUCAUUCUCAUAUACUGAAAGCGAUAUAUAACUGGAAAGACAACCAGCAAAAAUUGACACGGACGUUGGAUUAUAUCUCCGCUGGAUACGGAUUAAUAUAUUAUCUCUUCUAAAAAAACAAAAAAACAAAAAACUUUUUUUUCCUCUCCAUUUUUUUAAUGUUGGUGUUUUUUUGUUGAAGUAACAGGAGUAACAGCGGGAUUUUACUUGGAUACAUCUUCCUACUGUUUUGGGAGCUAGCUGAAAUGUGACAUCGGAGCCGGUUUUCCGUUUCAUGUCGUAGGAAAUCCGUUACCAAGUACUGGGAGUCGAGAGUUGUGUAAUACGUGACGACGUAAACAACUGGAAAUUGACAUCAGUGAGAGAAUAACGGGAUUUAUUUUGACUGGACAGCACAUACCACGGCCUUUGAUAUACCAGUCGUGGGACACUGUGUUGAGACGUGAAAAAACCCAGUCGGAGUGAGAGAGGGCCCACCAAGGAGGUUGUUGUUAUUGUUGUUGCUGAUACCUCCAGCGGAAAGCAAGCUCUUGGUGUCCAUCCACAACUGACAGAUAAAAGCUAGGACGGAUCCGGGAGCUGGGAUGAAAGUAGAGCGUAACCCUGCAGCUGGGACGUCGAUGAGAGAAAUUGGAAUUUGUGUAAUUGAAUUGUUGUAUGCGAUACAUAAUAUUAAUAUCGCACCGACCGGCUGCGGAGACCAAUACACGAUAUGACCGUCUCAGCACGGACGAACAACACGCUGCUGCAACAUGUUUGGUAGAGUUGGAUGUUCCACAUACGAAAAACCAGUCGAGGUGAAUAAUUCGGUUGUUUCCCAGACAAGGGCCACUGAUUCUAUGUCUCGCGGUAGUCUUACACACGGUAAACUGUACGGUGCCCCGGAAUACCCGACGAAGGAUUUCCAAGUGGUGGACGAGGAGAAAGAAGGACUUAAGAGAAUCGUUGGGAAGUAUGAAUCUCCGGAAAACUUGCGCAUAGAAUUUGACGACGCCUAUACUGAUAUGAGUGGAAGCGAACGGUGUUCCGUCGGACAGAUCGGCGCUUCGGGAAUGUCCGACGCGUCUUCGGACAUCUCCGACGCCACGUCUAAUUGGACGCCGACGACGGGCGUGGCCAAUCACAACUUCGCCGAAGGCGUCACGGAGCAGGACAUCAUGCAGGUGGAGAUGUUCUACAGGAGUCACAAGACGGAGGUCACCGUCUGUCGGUGCCUGGCCAACGUGUACCAGGGUUCGGUGCGGGACUCCGGAAGCAACAAGUGGGAGUUUUUCAAUACGGGAAUCCCCCUUCUGUUGCUGGACAGUGGGGAGCACCACCGACAGCGCAAGCUGUACAUCGUCCUCGCGGAGAAAGGGACCGGGUUCGUGCUGUGGAAGGACGUGAUCGACACCCUCACGAACUACACGGCCCCGCACAACACCUUCCACACCAUGCACUUGAGCAGCGACCACACCAGACAGGUCGGAUUCAGCUUCGACGAUGGCGGCGCCGCUUCGGAAUUUUUCGGAAGUCUGUCGGCUCUCACGAGUAAUCCCGAGGACGAUCUCUUCAACCUGAGUAAGUCGAAAAAGAAAAAGAAGCAGAAGGAGAAGUCGAAACCGGCGAAACAGAAAUAUAAAGCGCCGAAGAAGGCGGACAUUUCUCAACCGUGUUGUUUCGUGCACGUCACCAAGUUGGAAAAACCCGAACUAUUUCCGCCUCCGCCGAACCCGGUCUCGGCGGAAGUGACCAAUCACAAACUGAGCAUGCCCAGAAGCGACAGUUCUGAGUUGUCCGACUCCACAUCCCAGUCCGAACAUUCUAAAUAACGGACUGUUGACUUUAGGGUACCUCUGCGUUGAAAGGAUUAAUAUAACUUCGAAAGUGUCAUUCACUUACCGUCGAAACCUCGAAAUGUGGAUUACGUAUACAGUAAAACCCCUCUAAACAGGACCCUCUUGGGACCAAGACCGAUGUCCGGUUUAAAGAGGGGUCCGGUUUAGAGAGGUUACGUUCUGUCUGUAAAACGUCCGGUUUUGAGGAAAUUUCAGUUUACAGAGGGUCCGGUCAUGAGAGGUUUCACUAUAUAUAUAUUUGUAAGUGUUAGAAGAUGUGUGUCAGCUGUGAAAGAAAUUCGAAAACAAAAUGGAAUCUAUUAAACGUGGCAGGAAAUUAUCCUUGUAUUCUGUAUAGUGAUCAGACAGCUUGGACGCCACGCGGUUUUAUUCAGUAGUAUAAUUAAUUAUAGUCAUACAUUUGUGAUAAAACAAAUAAUACCAGUGACAGAACAUACUGGAAAACGUGAACGAAAUGCCCCUGUGCUGAAAUUGUGAUGAUAGCAAUUCAAAUUCUAUUGGUGCUAUGUAAAAAUGAAAAAAAAAAUGGAAAAAAAUUGAACCAACCUCCAAUAAGAGGAUUCGAACCAAAGUCCCUUUGUGGUAGUCCAGUUUUGUGAUCUUUUAUCUGGUCUAAACAGAAAUCCCUCGAAAACUGGAGCACUCUAUACAGAUAUUUUUGUGUUUCUCGUCAAGAAACUUGCCUUAAUGUGCCAUAAAGGUAAUGACUUGGUGAAGUUGGGUGUGAGAUUCAUGGAAAGGGAGAGCGAGAGAGAGAGAGAGAGAGGGGGGGGGGGGGGGGGGGGAGGAUCCAGGAUAAUGGACGUACCAGACAAUAUCAUAAGGGAGAUCACCUCCCCCUUUAAGCCUAUCUUUAAGCCAUAAAACAAAAUUAAGUAAAGUGGUUUUACUUAUAUUAUAAAAUAUCACAUCCCGCAGACAAAGGACCGAGAAGAAUAAAAGAUAGAUUAAAAUAAUAAUAAUAGUAACGUUCAAGAAAAAUAACUAUUGCCCCGUUCCCUAUGUGAUCCUUUCUGGGUCGUGUUCAAAAGGCCGAGCGUUCGCGGUUGUUCACUAAGACUGGUUUUUGCGUCUAACAUUAAUUGAAUGCGAUUGGAUUAUAUCGCGUAAUCCAGUGCAAACUGCCCGCAACCACUCGCACUCUUGAACACGCCAGUUGACUGUAUAGUUAUUUUCGUGCUUAUAUCCAUUUGGGUUCAAGCACGCUGUCCUGGGCACGCACCUCAGCUAUCUGGACUGUUUCUCCGGGACAACAGGCUAGUUUGUGUCUAGUCAGUGAGAAGUGGGUGCAGUGACCUUACACCUACCCCCUCAAGUCGUUAAACUCGCUCUGGAUGGGAGCCGGUAUCGGGAGACGAACCCGGUACCUACCACUAUACCAGCCUUAAGUCCGAUAGCUUAACCACUACACCACUCAGGCCAGUACGCCACUUUAACAGCCGUAAAGAAAGCAGAGUAUUGGUUGCAUGAUCAGUACUCUUGACGUCAUAAUGCACUAAUGACACUAGACUACGCCUGCUUUCAAAAUAGUCAAUUUCCGGUAUUUGGCAAGUGCUUUCAGCGAAAUAACGGUGUUUGUGGUGGGUGCAGUUUUUUCGUUAUUGUUGACGGGUUUCCACUGGUGUAGACCACGCGAGGAAGCGUGUCACGAAUAGGGAUCAAUACAUGUAAUACAAUAGAGAGCCAAAUGUAUUUUUCACGUCCAAUGUUGCUUGCAUGCGGUCUUUUGAGGUAAUUGCCAUUAAAAUCAGUCAUAAUAUCAA